AACGCUGCCCUCAAUCAGAACCCUCUGAUCAAUGUCCGCGACCGCCUCUUCCACGCGCUUUUCUUCAAGAUGGCUGUGACCUACGCGCGGCUCUUCCCUCCUUCCUUCAGGCGGGUCUUCGAGUUCUUCGUGCUGCUCAAGGCUCUCUUUGUGCUCUUCAUCCUGGCGUACAUUCACAUCGCCUUCUCCCGCUCACCCAUAAACUGUUUGGAGCACGUGAGGGACAAAUGGCCACGUGAUGGCAUCCUGAGGGUGGAAAUCCAGCGCAACUCCAGCCGGGCCCCCAUCUUCCUCCAGUUCUGCGGUGCUGAGAAGUUUCCAGGAAUGGUAGUUGAGCCCACGGCUGAGGAAGAGGAGGAGGAAGAAGAGGAAAUGACUGUGGAUAUGUUUGAAAACAGCUCUAUCAAGUUUGAGCUGGAUAUAGAGCCCAAGGUGUUCCUCAAGCCGUCCCGGAUGAGCAGCACUGAGGCGCUGGCCCACAACGAAAGCCAGGAGUUCUCAUUUAGUGAAGCAGCCACUAAAGUGUGGCCACAGGAAGAGUACAUUGUGGAGUAUUCCUUGGAGUAUGGGUUCCUGCGCCUGUCCCAGAGCACACGGCAGCGCCUCAGCAUCCCUGUGAUGGUGGUGACUUUGGAUCCUACCAGGGAUCAGUGCUUUGGGGACAGGUUCAGUCGUCUGUUGCUGGAUGAAUUCCUGGGUUAUGAUGACAUCCUGAUGUCAAGUGUCAAAGCCUUAGCUGAAAAUGAAGAGAACAAAGGUUUCCUUCGCAACGUGGUGUCUGGGGAGCACUAUCGCUUUGUCAGCAUGUGGAUGGCUAGAACGUCCUACCUGGCAGCCUUUGUCAUCAUGGUCAUAUUUACUCUCUCUGUUUCGAUGCUCUUACGCUACUCACACCAUCAGAUCUUUGUCUUCAUUGUUGACCUGUUACAGAUGCUGGAAAUGAACAUGACAAUUGCAUUCCCUGCAGCUCCCCUACUCACUGUCAUUCUGGCUCUAGUAGGUAUGGAGGCCAUUAUGUCAGAGUUCUUCAAUGACACCACGACUGCGUUUUACAUCAUCCUCAUUGUGUGGCUGGCUGACCAGUAUGAUGCCAUCUGUUGCCACACCAAUACGAGUAAGAGGCAUUGGCUCAGGUUCUUUUAUCUGUACCACUUUGCCUUCUAUGCCUACCACUAUCGGUUCAACGGGCAGUACAGCAGCCUGGCUCUGGUCACCUCGUGGCUGUUCAUCCAGCAUUCAAUGAUUUACUUCUUCCACCACUACGAGCUGCCAGCUAUUCUCCGGCAGAUCAGAAUCCAAGAGAUGUUGCUGCAGAACCAGCAGGUGGGUCAGGGCACUCAAACAACUCUCCAAGACAACCUCAACAACAACACUACCCCAGCUGGGGCAGAGGUGGGGGGUCACCGGCCCCACCUGGCUGCUGGCCCCUCCGGAGAGAGCAGCAACCCAGCAGCUCUGGCCCCCAGUGAGGCCUCCAGCAUCAUCACCACGGCCGCAGCCUCUUCUGUUGGGAGCGACCUGAACUGGGUUGCUGAGACAGCUGCCAUCGUUACAGAGGCCUCAUUUCUUUCUGACCUGAGCUCUUCUCUCCUGGAGCCGAACGUGGUGCACGAAGCCGUGGCUUCUGGGAGCCCUCAGGAUGCUGCUGCUUCUGCUGCCUCCGGUUUGGUCGCACGCAUCAGGGUGAGCAGCGACCACCCGGACACUGCCGUGGGCUCCAUCACCAUUGAGGUCACUUCAGCAUCUGUGGUUGCUGCUGCAGAUGGUUCCUCUGCCACAGAGGCAGCCGCAGUUCCUGCCCCCGUCCCUGUGCAGGAGGAUGGGAGCUCCAACUCCAGCCCUUCCCCUGCUGAGCAGACUGAGGCUGUGGAGAGCUCGGACAGCCAAGCAAAACCCAGUGGCAAGAACUGCAUUGCAAAUGGCAGUGUGGCAGAGUCCCCUCCGGCCUUUGUGGAGAACACUGAUCAGGACAAACUCUUGGGCUGUGCUCUUGGGGACCGAGGGGAGAGCGGCCCUUGCCCAGCACCAGCAGAUAGUACAGCUAGCUCCAGGCCUUGCUCGGAGCCAGACUUGAGGAGCCUGUCUUGAGUCCUUGUUACCGUCACUCUGGACUGCCAGGAAGGCAUUUGGAUUUCGUUUGUUACUGUUUCUCACUUCACCAUCAUCCUUAACCCAUGAAUUCCUCUUAAUGGAGGCAGAGCAGCUGGGACAGAGAGAAGAUGCUGCAGUGAACUCCCCAGAGAAAUGCACGUGUGUGCACGUAUGAGGCUGGCACACGUGGGACUGCUCAGUGCCAGAUUCUCCCUGCAGGGAGGAGGGAGUAAGGGCACGUUUGCUCCCUUGCCUGCAAGGCACGACAGGGAGCCCUGUGCCACUGCUGAGGCUGUGGGUGAGCAGGGCAGGCUGGCCGUGUUCUCUGUGCUGUCAGUGUGCUGUCACAGCUCCUCUUUGCCCCCUGAGGUUGUGUUGGCAGUCUGGGUGUUGCUUGCAAACAUGAGCUGAUUUGUGACAAACCACGUGUGUGCACGGUGACUCUCUGGUUAGAAUAGCAGCUGUGUGUGAGCAGGGAGAGCAUCUUCAGACACCCCUGGGAGAGCAACCAACAGCCAAGGAGAAACCAGUCACCUUCCUUUUUCUAGGGGAAAAGAAGCUCAGUACCUCCCUUCAACACUAGAGCUGCUCACACCAGAGCAAAGCUGGGCAAUAACCAAAGCAGAAACUGCAUUUUAGCCCAUUUCUUUUUUCUUUUUUUUUUUUCCUUUUCCUCCUGACAUUAAAUUUCCUUUAGUCGGUGGGUUUAGGGGGAGAAGUGUCCAGGUCCAGCUUAGAGCAUCCACCCAAGGAAGGACGCAUUUGUCUGUGGUUGGAAGCAGUAAAGGAUUCAUUCAGCCCUGGAGGAAUGCUGUCCCCUUCUGCUGGUGACUCUGCAAGACCCUGGUGAGUUUGGCCCCUAUUCAAUGUGUCAAGUGAGAGCUCCUGCCGUGCCACAGGCAAAUGGUAUCAAUAUCCUCUGGGAGCUGACCUGUAGCCUCAGUAUCUGUUGUAGAGGAGGAGGACAGCAACUCUGUCUCUGUACAGCUCUGCUUUCGGCACCUGCAGCUGCAGGUGAGGUUGUUUCGUUUUUCAGUGCCUUGUCCCUUGAAUGGGACACGUCUGCGUUUUAAGAUCAGCCCCAUCCCUGAGGAGAGAUUGGCAUUGUGCUGGCUCAGCUGUUGCGUGA